UUAUUUUUGAACAGAGCAAACCAGGAAGUGGUGUGAUGACGUCACGUGAGUGGCAUGUGUCGAGAGCCGGGGGUACAGUUUUAACCGUCAACUUCAGACACGAUUAAAUCAACAACGCAAAUCGAUCCUUAAACAACAAACAUCGGUAGAAGGAAUUUGUAAGAGCAAUUUUCCCCCUCUCACAAAGACGCUCCUCUCCUUGUGGUGCUAAAACGUUUCCGCGUUCAGUAGCUAGCUAGCUGUCUCUGUAGCGAGUGGAACACAUGGAUAACUUUGUUUUGUAACUUCGGCAGUUAGCUAAUUAUUAUCAUGCUCCUGUCAUCGUUUAUACAUUGCAGCACACCAUCCAGAUGCUUUCCAAUAAAAACGUGUACGCGGUGUUGCCAAUACAGUACAGGAAGGAGCGUCCGUAUACUCGAUACCCCAGUGUUGUUGAAGAACGCAUUGACUUUCAACCGCAGUGGUGGACACGGCGGAAAGCAGCAAUACAUGAGGUUGAAGAGCUCGCGGAAGAGAUGCUUUUCAUCUGAAUGUGACGAGGUUGGUCAUCAGCAUGAACAUGGGGAUGUGAGAGUGAGGUUCGCUCCGAGUCCAACAGGUUUCCUACACCUGGGGGGGCUGCGUACAGCCCUCUACAACUAUAUCUACGCUAAGAAGUAUGGAGGGAGCUUCAUCUUACGCAUGGAAGAUACAGACCAGAGCAGACUGGUGCCGGGAGCUGCAGAGUCUAUAGAGGAUAUGUUGGAGUGGGCUGGUAUCCCCCCAGACGAGAGUCCCCGUGGAGGAGGCCAGUACGGUCCCUACCUCCAGUCCCAGAGGCUGUCCCUGUACAGCCAGGCUGCUGACUCCUUGGUCCAGACAGGGAAGGCCUACCACUGCUUCUGCAGCCAGCAGAGACUAGAAUUACUGAAGAGAGAGGCCCUACGCAGCGGACAGACACCGCGGUAUGACAACAGGUGCAGACACCUCCGCCCAGAUCAGCUAGAGGAGAAGCUGGAUCAGAAGGUCCCCCAUGUGAUCAGGUUCCGACUGGAGUCUGGAGUGGAACCCUUCAACGAUCUGGUCUUCGGGUGGAACCGUCAUGAGGUGGCCCAGGUUGAAGGAGACCCUGUCGUGUUGAAAGCAGAUGGUUUCCCCACCUAUCACCUGGCUAACGUAGUAGACGACCACCUGAUGAAGGUCAGCCACGUCCUGAGAGGAUCAGAGUGGCUCAUCUCCACCUCCAAACACCUGCUGCUGUACAGGGCUCUGGGCUGGAAGCCCCCGGUGUUCGGACACCUUCCUCUCCUCCUCAACAGAGAUGGCAGUAAGCUCUCCAAGAGACAAGGAGAUAUCUACAUACAGAGUUUCCAGAGGAGUGGGGCCCUACCUGAAGCACUACUGGAUAUCACCACACACUGUGGAUCUGGCUUCAACAGUAACCGUGUCGGUCGUAAGAUGGAGGAACUGAUCACUGAGUUCAACCCGUCCAAGAUCACCACCCACUCUGCCCUGCUAGACCUGGACAAACUACCUGAGUUUAACAAGUACACUACCUGUCUGUCUGUCUCUGUGUGUUUAUCUCUCCCCUCCCUGCUAGACCUGGACAAACUACCUGAGUUUAACAAGUACACUACCUGUCUGUCUGUCUCUGCCCUGCUAGACCUGGACAAACUACCUGAGUUUAACAAGUACACUACCUGUCUCUGUGUCCAUCUCUCUCCUCCCUGCUAGACCUGGACAAACUACCUGAGUUUAACAAGUACACUACCUGUCUGUCUGUCUCUGCCCUGCUAGACCUGGACAAACUACCUGAGUUUAACAAGUACACUACCUGUCUGUCUGUCUCUGCCCUGCUAGACCUGGACAAACUACCUGAGUUUAACAAGUACACUACCUGUCUGUCUGUCUCUGCCCUGCUAGACCUGGACAAACUACCUGAGUUUAACAAGUACACUACCUGUCUCUGUGUCCAUCUCUCUCCUCCCUGCUAGACCUGGACAAACUACCUGAGUUUAACAAGUACACUACCUGUCUGUCUGUCUCUGCCCUGCUAGACCUGGACAAACUACCUGAGUUUAACAAGUACACUACCUGUCUCUGUGUCCAUCUCUCUCCUCCCUGCUAGACCUGGACAAACUACCUGAGUUUAACAAGUACACUACCUGUCUGUCUGUCUCUGCCCUGCUAGACCUGGACAAACUACCUGAGUUUAACAAGUACGCUACCUGUCUGUCUGUCUCUGCCCUGCUAGACCUGGACAAACUACCUGAGUUUAACAAGUACACUACCUGUCUGUCUGUCUCUGCCCUGCUAGACCUGGACAAACUACCUGAGUUUAACAAGUACACUACCUGUCUGUCUCUGUGUGUCCAUCUCUCCCCUCCCUGCUAGACCUGGACCCACUACCUGAGUUUAACAAGUACACUACCUGUCUGUCUCUGUGUGUCCAUCUCUCCCCUCCCUGCUAGACCUGGACCCACUAACUGAGUUUAACAAGUACACUACCUGUCUGUCUCUGUGUGUCCAUCUCUCCCCUCCCUGCUAGACCUGGACCCACUACCAACAAUUACACUACCUGUCUGUCUCUGUGUGUCCAUCUCUCCCCUCCCCCCACAAGUUCUGUAGACUGGCUGCCGUCAAACCUCAAGGUUGAGUUUAGUUCAAGGGUAGAAGCCAUAGUAGGUUUGUCCCUGUUGCUCUGGGGCUCUUAACUCAGCCACCAGGUAGUGUAGUCUGACACAGAGCUGUGGAUAGUCUGAGCACCAGUCUCUUUAGUUAACAUGCCACUCCUUGUCAUUGCCAUAGAGACUGGGUCUCUGGCGAUCUCAACGUUCAAUAUGCAGCUGGUUUACGGCAGAGUUGCUCAUUGGUUUGAAAAAAUAACUUUCAUAUUUUACUUGUCGACAUGUGGAGCCUCAAAUGUAAUUAUAAUUAUAUUACUAAAUCAAAAAACCAACAUUUAGCUAUUAGCUAGGCAAGCUGUUGCUUAUUUCGAUUCUUAAAAUCAAGGCCUAAGACGUUUUGUGGUUGGAAUUACAGUACGUAUUUACUCUGCAAAUUUAGACGUGAGCUUGCAACUUUUCACGCUGUCAACACACUGGUUUUACCUGACUGAACCCCCCCCC